AUGCAUCUUUCUAAAGCUGUAAUCCUUGUUGCUUUUUUCUUUGCGUUUUCUCUUAGGGGAUUGCCAUUGGCAUAUGGUCAGCUCACUCCAACAUUUUACGAUGAAACAUGUCCGAAUGUGAGCAGCAUUAUCCGUGGAGUCAUUGCCGAGAAUUUGACAUCUGAUCCUCGAAUUGGAGCCAGCCUCAUCAGGCUCCACUUCCAUGACUGCUUUGUUAAUGGUUGUGACGGUUCGCUUUUGUUGGACAACUCCGAUACUAUAGAGAGCGAAAAGGAAGCUAAUGGAAACAACAACUCUGCAAGAGGUUUUGAUGUUGUUGAUAGAAUGAAGGCCUUGUUGGAGAGUGCUUGUCCUGCUACUGUUUCUUGUGCUGAUAUCCUCGCUAUUGCAGCUGAAGAAUCUGUUGUUUUGGCAGGAGGUCCAUCGUGGGCAGUUCCAGUAGGAAGAAGAGAUAGCACAACAGCAAGCCGAGAUGCAGCAAAUGCUUUCCUUCCAAGCCCUUUUGACACCCUUGAUACACUUAGAGAGCAUUUCACUAAUGUCAGCCUAAAUAACAGUACUGAUUUGGCAGCUCUAUCAGGUGCUCACACGUUUGGAAGGGCUCAAUGUAGCACAUUCGACUUCCGGUUAUUUGAUUUCAAUGGCACUGGUGCUCCUGAUCCAACAAUAGACCCAGAUUAUCUAGCAAUACUCCAGCAAUUAUGUCCUCAAGGUGGAAAUGGAUCUGUGCUUGCUGAUCUUGAUCCCACAACACCUAAUGGCUUUGACAAUAACUAUUACUCCAACCUGCAAUCUAACCGAGGCCUACUUCAGACUGAUCAAGAACUGUUUUCAACUCCUGGGGCUAAUGAUCUCAUUGAACUUGUUAACAACUUCACUGCUAAUCAAAGUUUUUUCUUUGAAACCUUCGUGGUGUCCAUGAUAAGAAUGGGGAAUCUCAGCCCUUUGACAGGGACCGAGGGAGAGAUCAGAUUGAACUGCCGUGUAGUCAAUGGAAACUUGACUCGGCCAUAUAGUUCGCUUAAACGUGUGCAAAGUGACGAAAUCCAAAUAGAUAGGCGCCAUAUUAUUCAAAGAAGACGGAUUGCCUUAAGGAAAUGA